CCGGCCCCGCCUCUUCCGCCAGGCUCCGGGCGGGAAAGAUGGCGGCGCCAGGCCCAGAGGCAGCCGCUUUUCCUCAGAAACUGAGCCACCGGCAGCGCGGGGCGGCCCUUAAGAAGGAGCGGCGAAAGAAGCGGCGGCAGGAGCUGGCCCGCCUGCGGGACGCAGCACUGGCCCUAGAGGAGAAGGAGGAGGAGGACGGGGAAGAUGGCGCGCCCAGUGAGGAACAGCUGGAGGCCGAGAGGCAGCGGCAGAACGAGGCCUGGCUGCUGCGUGAGCGGCAGGCGCAGGAGGAGUUCCAGCGCCGGCGGGAGCAGGAGGAGCAAAUGGAGGCGGCACGCCGGGCGCGGGAGGAGCGCGAGAACCAGCUGCGCGUCGAGGAGGAGGAGCAGCGACGCCGCGAGCGUGAGGAGGGGGCGCGGAGGCUGCGGGCCGAGCGCGAGCAGGCCGAGGCCAAGCGGAGGCUGCUGGCCCCGGCGGCCUCGUGGCGCAACCCCGAGCCGCCCGCCGCGGGCCGCCCCGCCUGCCCCUUCUACAGCAAGACGGGCGCCUGCCGCUUCGGUGAGCGCUGCUCGCGCCGCCACGAGCCCCCGGCCUCCAGCCCCACGCUGCUCGUGCGCAGCAUGUUCACCACCUUCGGCAUGGAGCAGUGCCGCCGCGACGACUACGACCCCGACGCGGGCCUGGAGUACAGCGAUGAGGAGACCUACCAGCAGUUCCUCGACUUCUACCACGACGUGCUGCCCGAGUUCCGCAACGUGGGCCGCGUGGUGCAGUUCAAGGUCAGCUGCAACCUGGAGCCGCAUCUGCGCGGCAACGUGUACGUGCAGUACCAGUCGGAGGAGGAGUGCCAGGCCGCCCUGGCAGCCUUCAACGGGCGCUGGUACGCCGGCCGCCGGCUGCAGUGCGAGUUCUGCCCAGUGACCCGCUGGAAGAUGGCCAUCUGCGGCCUGUUUGAGCUGCGGCAGUGCCCCCGCGGGAAGCACUGCAACUUCCUGCACGUGUUCCGCAACCCCAACAACGAGUUCUGGGAAGCAAUGCGGGAUGAGCACCUGUCCCCGGAGGCCCCCAGUGCGGCCUGUGUCCGGUCCCUGGAGAGGUGGCCCCGGCCCAGCCGCCACAGCAACUACCACAGCCGGCCCUGGCAAGCUGAGCAGGAAAGGAGCCGCAGCCACCGGGAAAGGGAGGUCCAGAAGUACCCGUCCAAGAGCCAGGAGGAUCCACCGCAUGCUCGAAGUUACGGGAGAAAGCGGGUCCGCAGCCCUGCCCAUGACAGCCACCGCCGCAGCCACAGGCAGAGCCGUAGUUUCUCUCGGUCACGGAGCCGGAGCCGGAGCCGGAGCCAGGGCAGGAGAAGGUCAAAGAGUUGA